AACACUUUCGCAUAAACAAACAUAAGGAGGGAAGGAGGAUUUUCAAGAAGGUUCUGAAACCGAAAGUUCUCUUCAAUACUGUACAAGCCCUUCAAUGGAAGCACAGCAAGAAGAGUCUCCAAAUCUCGAGGAAUGCUUGAAGCUGUUGAAAGGAGAGCGAGACGAACAGCGUCUCGCUGGGCUUCUUCUGGUUACCAAGUUCUGCAAAGCAGAUGAUCACUCCUCACUCCGUAGGGUUUACGACGCCGUUGGCACUCGCUUUCUUGAUCGUCUACUCAGAACUGGUAUGGGAAAAGGAACUAUAUCCACUGGCGGGGACAAUAAUCGGGAUGCAUAUUUAAGACUAUCGGUUACUGUUCUUUCUGCAUUUUGUCGUGUUCCGGAGAUUGCUUCAUCCGAAGACAUGGUUUUCAAUAUCCCACUUAUAUUGCAAGUAAUGUCCACCCAAUCUGGCUCAUCUGUUCUUGAAGAAUGCUAUGAGUUUUUAUACUUGGUAUCAACUGCUUCGGAAAAUGGAAUCGUGAGAUUUUAUGAAUCUGGAGGUAUCAAGAUACUAGCUUCUCAGGUGUCUUCUCUGCAAGAUGGUUCGCAUAUGAUGGAAAUAUCGAUUAAACUUUUGCAAUUGAUUCUUAGUCGGAUGUCCUUGGACAUAAUCCAGAAUGAUUACUUAUCUGAGCUCUCGGUUAUUGUGGCAGCAAUAGCAAGGCAGUUUGCUGUCUUGCACAAUUCCUUGAAAUUCGAAGCUCUCCACCUACUUAGUGCAAUUCUAUCUUCAAAAGAUUCAUCACAACUUGUUGAUGCUCUCCGGUUACUUCCUGAAAAUAGCUGGUCACAAAACAUGCGCAUUGGUAUCAUGGCCAUUUUGCUGAAUCGUGUUGCUCCUGCUGAAAGGCUUCAUGCUCUCAUUUUAGCCGAGUCUAUGGUUUCUAUAUAUGGAGAAGAUUGGUUGAUUAGCCAAGUAAGCACAAAUGAUGUACAAGAUCCAACUCCAGCUGACAUGUGUUUAUUGCUAGUCUUGGAGCAAUCGAGGGUUGAAAUAGCUGUUCUUCUGAAUGAGUUGGCCUAUUUAAAAUAUGAAGCACCUCAGGAUACUUCAGCCACUGCUGAGGCAAUUUUUUUAAAGCAACGAAAUGUGGCUGUUGCCUACUCUUUGGUUGAGAAGAUAAUAAAAUUAAUAUCAAAUGCGGGUGGAAAUGAUGGGAACCUCCUUGAUGAAGGCACCUUCACAAAGCUGAUUCACCAGCUUAAUGAAACAAUUGUUGUUGUACUGGAGUAUUUAGAAGAUGCGAAGGAACAUGGGCAAAAGAAAGGGAAUGAUUUACUUGCUUCUGUGCGAAUUAUUGGGAGCUAUCUUGCAGAAGCACCCUUUGCAUGCAAGGAGAAGGUUAAAGAUCUUUUAGGGUAUUUGCUUUCUGUUGAAGGUGAAGAUGAACAAAGGCCCUUCUACUCUGUGUGCUUUCUGCUACCUAUGUUGUGUCAAAUUACUAUGAAGAUUGAAGGAUGCAUAGCUCUGUCUUCAUGUGGAGGUCUUACAGCUGUUUUAUAUUGCCUCAGUAAAUUAGUUGGGUCAGACGAUUAUAUGGUGGAGGAUAGUGGUUGCAUCUUCUUGGCAUGUGAUACAAUAAUGAAUCUUCUACUGAAGAAAGACAAAGUGCAGUUGGUGUUAGAUGAGUCAGCUUUUGUUGAUCUUCUUAAAGCAUUGGCUUAUUGGUCAGCAAAUACUGAUGACAUGUCAAGUAUGAUGAUGGCUUCAAGCAUUUGUGCACUGAUAUUUGAUUACACAUCAGAAGAGGCCCUUCUAAACCAUCCUGAUUUCAACUAUAGCACUCUCAGUAGUCUUUAUCAGCUCAUUGCAAGAUGUCUGGCUUCAUCAGAACAGGAUACGAAAGCGGAUAUGGAUCUUUAUGAGAUAGUCUCUGCUGGUUUCUCUCGAUGGGCUCAUCGGUACCCCCACAUUAGAGAGGCUGUCAAGAAAUGAUUUUGACCUUCUUAAUGUGGAAUAGUUGUAGGUGGAUGCUUUCAACUUUCAAGGAAGCAUUACUAAAUUCUUUACGACAAAGAUCUUUUGCUUUUUAUUUAUGAUGAGCUUAAUUUUAAUUCACUUUUAGUGCAAAAAUCUUUUAUAUUAUUAUCCUAUCAUGUGUUGGUAGAACAAUAAAUUAGUUUGAGUUAUCAGGUAAUUAUAAUCAUUG